GUAGCAAGCUUUUGACCUGCGGUGGCAUAUGGGUUGUGGUGCAUCAAGUGCCAAGGCCGCUUGCAGCCCAGAUGCCACAUCCACAAAGACUGCUUCGAAAUCUGCCGGGUCACGUGCGCCAAAUGAACCGCGUGACCCCGAGCUGUUGCAGCUUCUCGAAGCCCAUGGACUUGUGGAGCAAUUGCCCGACUUGCAAGCCCUUGGCGUCAGCAAGCCAGCGCAUUUGUCAGAUUUGCUGGUGGAGGACCUGGAGGAGGUGGGCCUUUCUCGGGUUCAGAUUCGUCAAUUGCAGCGAGCUGUAGCUCAAGAUCCUACUGACAGAAGUUCCCCUUCAGCUGUUUCACCCUUGAGACUCCGCGAGAAUGGAACUUCGGCAGUUUCGCCGCAAGAGCUGCCGCAAACUCCUAAGGAGUUCGCACAGCACUCCGGCAUUGUUUCCGAAAGGAAGGGGCGAGACACCACGCACACAACGCCUGUGCGAGUGACAUCAAAGCAAGAGGAUGUGCCGAGAAGUGCUGCUACAGAUGCUCACAAAGACGAGCACGAGGCACCUCUUGAUGGCAUACGUGCAGGUGCAUCAUCCAGUGGAAGCGGCCGCUUCGCACAGGGAUACUCUCAGAGUGCAAGCAGUUCUGUGGGAGGAUUGGGAGGCAGACACGAUGUGAAGCCAAAGGGAGCUCCUUCGAAAAAGCCUCCUUUGUACAAACAGACUCAAAAAGUUGAGAAGGUUCAGCGCGCCGAUGCCAACGGCGCCAGUUGCUUGCCACCUGCAGAUCAGUCUAGCAGGGAUCCAGGCACAGCACAAAGGCAUUUGCCGGUUUUAGCCUGUGAGGGCGUUCGGCAAGAGCCUCCCCAUCGGCAAGCCAGUCAAGCCGACGUCGGUGAAGCCAAGGGACACCUCGGUGGACGUGAAACGCAUGACCAUGAACAAAUCCGUGAACAGCGGGCAGACUCUGAAGAUUCAAGAGCAAGUUCAGUGGGCUUCGAUGUCACUCUACUCCCUGAAGUCACCCUGCCGCAGCUCAAGGGGCCACAGGUGCAUGAAGCCAAUAAAGAGGAGGGCACUCCUCUAUUGAUGAGCAGGCAGGACCCCUUUGGUGCAGGGCCCCAGCCGAACGUCGGCCGGGAUGCACCUGCUCCAAGUGCACAGCUUCCUCCAGCCGUACGCCAGCGACUGGAGGCUCGAGAGGAGGCAAGGAGAGCUCAGAGGAGCCGAGAUGUGUCUUCCGACCGUGAAGUGUCCGAGAGGGUGCGGAGUCCGCCUAGACGUGAGCCACGCAGCACAUCAGAACGACCCUCGGUCACUCGUGUGCACACGGGCCCUCGAGCAGCAUCCCUCGGAGCUGCCAGCAGGCAAAUGUUCAACAAGAACGAGUUGAGGGCUGCUCAUCGGGCGUUGUUCACUGAUGCAAUCGCAAAAUAUCAGGCAAAACUCGAACAAACGACUGCUGACUUUGUCGUUCGCUCGCCCUCAGCAUUGAGGUCUUCCCGGGUUGUGGAUGUUUACGUACGAAAGCGGCCGCUUUUUCCACACGAGGAAACGAAGCGGAACGAUUUCGAUGUAGUAUCAGUCCUUCCACGAAGUUCGCAUAGUUCACCUACCCAAGUCAUCCUCCACAACUGCCUUUUCCAAGCAGAUCUCCGCACACCAGUGAUUCAUCACUUGCGUUUUGCAUUUGAUCACGUUUUCGAUGACGAAGUCUCUGACGAACAUGUUUACGAAAAUGCUGCAAUGAGCCUGGUAGAAUCGGCAAAAACAGGUCAUGCCAACACAAUCCUUAUGUUUGGGCAGACAGGAAGCGGGAAGACUCAUACCAUCAAAGCGAUUGAAAGGUUGGCUGCGCAUGAUCUUUUCAUUUCUGGUCACCGCUUGUCGCUGACGCUGAGUGUAGUCGAGCUUCGAGGCUCUCAUUGUUUUGAUCUAUUGCUGCCAAACCUCCCAGAACUCCGUCUUCGGGAGCUUCGAGAGCAGCAAAGUGCCUUCAUUGCUGAAGGUGCUCACGAGUUGCACCCACAGACGCCGGAAGAUUUGGUGGCAGCUUUUGAGGCAGCGAGGCAACGCAGAGCUACCAGUGCAACGGAGGCGAAUGAUGAAAGCUCUCGCAGCCAUGCCAUUUGUAGCAUUAGAUUGUUCGAACGUUCAGGUGGCAGCCCAGCCGGCUCGCUAACACUGGUGGAUUGUGCUGGUACAGAACGGCGAAAGGAUUCAGCCAAUCACUCCAAAGAGCGACAGCAAGAAGGAGCUGAGAUCAACGCGUCAUUGCACGCCUUGAAGGAGUGCAUCCGCUUCAUGUCAAAGAGGCAGCGCAUUCCUCCACAUGCCUUCAGGGCCUCAGCUCUUACCAAGCUUCUUGCCACAUCCCUUUGCUCCGAGACGCGGCUCUCUGUCAUUUGCACUAUCGCACCUGCUGCAUCCGAUACCGAACAUACGCUUUCCACUUUGCGAACAGGAGCGACGCUGCGGAUAAAAGGAUCUGAUCAAAGAGGUGAGAGUGAUGUGCAGAAGGAGGUUUUGCAGAAUAUCUUGACAAAGCAGCGAGAUUUGCAUCCUCGACAAUGGUCACCGCAGCAAGUGCAGACUUGGUUGACGGAACUUGAAGAUGGGAACUUUGCUGAUGUAAGCUCUUCCUUGCCGACAGAAUUUACUGGGCAGAUGUUGGUCCGCCUCAGCGAGGGGCAUUGUGUGCAGCUGUGUGGUUCUGAAGGCCGAGGUCGCCUUCUUUUCGAUUUGCUGCACAAAGCGAUCCGUGGGUCUGAUCAGUCUCGGUAGCUGCCCAGUAGCCAUGCCAUAAAAA